UCUUCAUAAACCUAUAGCACCAGGGUAAGGCAUAUCAGAGUAAAACUAUCUCUAUGUGUAACUGUAAAAAAGCAGUGGGUUGGGUUGCUCUGAGUGUCGUAAAGGCCUUUAUGGCCUCUUAAAAGAAGGAGCUCACACUCAACAACCAACUGGACCGUGGCUGGCACCCGACUGCACAGCAAAGCAGCUAAAGUGAAAAAAUAACAACUUGGUGUGAAGAUGUUUAAGGUUUGCAAAGCAAAGGAUGAGCAGCCUACUGCUCCUGGGCAGGUUAAAAUAAGAAAAAAGUCACGGGUGCCUGGAGUUAUGAUCACUCAGUACGUGGAAGAACUUCCAGAAGGUAUGACUACUCCAGAUUUCACACGGAAACCUAUCGCUCUCACAAUCCCAGAAGGAAAGAUGGCAUUUUUUAGAGCAAUAGUUACAGGUAAUCCAACACCAAAAGUGUCUUGGGCGAGAAAUAAUGGGGAGAUUGAUGAGGAAAGAUACAAGUUUGUAUUUGAUCCGGUUUCUGGUGAACAUCAGCUACAGAUGCCAGACGUGUGUGCAGAUCAAUCAGAUACCUACAAAUGUUAUGCCCGAAAUGAGUUUGGAAAAGCACUUGUAACAGUUACACUCAAUGUCAUUGAAAUUGGCUAUAAGAAGAGCAAAGCAAUGAAAGAAUCCAGAACAGCUGUUCGAGAGUUACCAGAAGACUUCAAAAAGAACCUGAGAAAAACCGUGGGCAUUGAGCCAAAGGAAGAGAAAAAGCAAGAAAUUGAUGACCAGUUUUGGGAACUAUUGUUGAGUGCAGACAAAAAAGAUUAUGAGAGCAUUUGUGCACAAUAUGGAGUCACCAACUUUCGCUGGAUGCUCAAGAAGCUUAAUGAGAAGAAGAUAGAGCGAGAGGAGGAGCAGCAGAAGGUUGUGGAAAAACUCUGUAACCUGAAGCCCAUUGAACUGAAACAUAACGGUGCUGCAGAAUUUGAAAUUGAGAUGUCACUGAAGGACCCAACGAGUAAAGUUUUCAUAUUCAAGGAUGGGGUUAUGAUUCCUUUCGAUGCUGACACUGAGGUAAAACACGGACUCAAGCGAGUAGGAAAAAGGUUUGUGUUUAGCAUAAAUGGGGUUAAUCCUGAAGAUGCAGGACUAUACCAACUCGAAGUUGAUGGAGUAAAGAUAUUUUCAACUGAACUGAAAAUUCCAGAUGUGGAUUUCUUGGUAAAGAUUCAAGAUGUGAAAGCAGAAGAAAGAGAGGAUGCAGUGUUUCAGUGUGUGCUCUCACGUCCUAUGACAAAAAUCAUUUGGAUGGGAAAAAAUAACCCGGUGGAGCAAGGAGAUAAAUAUGAUGUUACAACAUCAGAUGACAUGCUGAUUCACACUUUAGUGGUGAAAGAUUGCCUUCUACUGGACAAAGGAAUUUAUUCGGCUGUGGCUGGGCUAAAAUCCUGCAGUGCCUGGCUUAUAGUAGAGGGUAACAAGGACCCAAAUAUGGCUGGAAAGAAGAAAGCUCGAAAGACAACUCGUGCAGGGGGUGGUGGAGAGGAUCUUCUCAAGGUUGCCCAGGAACAGCAAGCAAAGUUACAAAAAGAGCGAGAUGAGUUGAUUGCAAAAGCAAAAGAAAAAGCGGAGGAAGAGGCAGCAGCUGCAGCAGCAGCUGCAGCAUUAGCUGGUGAUGAAGAGACAGACCUUUAUUCUGAAACGGAAGUAGGAACAGAAGUUGUAGGAGAAUCAGAGGAGAUAGUACAGAAAGUAAAGAAAGUUUCAAAACCUGAGGAACAUGGUACGCCACAACAGGAAGAAGAUGAUCUUGAAGAGAAGGAACCUGUUCAAAAGAAAAGAGUAAGAACAGGCCCACUUAUCCCUGAAACAGUCAUAGAUCCAGGAGUUUAUUUCACUAGUGGACUCUUAGAUGUAAAUGCAGUCAUUGGUACUGAUAUAGAACUGCUAUGCCAGCUCAGCAGCGAGGACUGUGAAGCAAUCUGGUAUAAAGAUGGAAAAGAGAUAACAGUAACAGAGAACAUUGAUUUAGUCAAAGACAAGACUUGUCGCAAGCUAGUUAUUAAAAACUGUACAGAAGAGGAUGCUGGAAAAUACAAAUGUGAAGCAGAUGGUCGUAAAACAGAAGCAAUGGUAAAUGUUGAAGAUCCUCCAAGAAUCAACCCUGAGGACCUUGCUGAGUUUAUGAAACCAGUUAUAAUCAAAAGUGGAAAAGACGCAUCCUUUAAGCUAACAUUUGUUGGCCGUGAACCCAUGAAAAUCCAAUGGUACAAUGAUGGGGAAGAGCUGAUGGAGGAGACCAACAUUAAGAUUGAAAAGUCUUCCUCACAUAGCCGACUACUAUUAACUAAGUGUAAUCGCAGAACAACUGGAGAAAUUAAGAUUAAAAUAAAAAAUGAAAGUGGAACGGUGGAGGCCAUCACACAUCUUACUGUCCUAGAUAAGCCGACGCCACCACAGGGACCUGUUGAUAUCAUUGAAAGUUCAUCCUCCUGCAUCGAGUUUAAAUGGAGAGCUCCCAAAGAUAAUGGUGGUUGCCCUAUAGUCAACUACAUUCUGGAGCGCCAGCAAAUUGGACGCAACAGUUGGCAAAAGCUGGGUAAGAUUGGCUCGGAGCCCAAGUACAGGGACACAGACAUAGAUCAUGGCAGAAAAUACUGCUACCACAUCAGGGCUGAAACUGAUCAAGGCAUCAGUGAAAUGAUAGAGACUGAUGACAUCCAGGCGGGAACAAAGGCAUACCCCGGACCUCCAUCUGCACCAAGAAUUGUUAGUGCUUUCAAGGACUGCAUUAAUCUCGCCUGGACUGCACCAGCAAAUACAGGAGGGACAAAUAUUUUAGGAUACAAUGUGGAGAAACGAAAGAAUGGGAGUAAUCUAUGGGGCAUGGUCAACCCACCAGAUGAGCCCAUCAAAGCAAAACAGUAUGCAGUAAAGGAUGUUGUCGAAGGGAUUGAGUAUGAGUUCAGAGUGUCAGCCAUUAAUAUGUCUGGUGCUGGAGAGCCAAGUGUACCAUCUGAAUUUGUGAUUGCAAGAGAUCCAAAGAAACCUCCUGGUAAAAUUACUGACUUGAAGGUGACAGACUCCUCAUAUACCACCUUAUCGCUAAGUUGGAACAAACCAGUAGAAAAAGAAGGUGUCCAAGAUGAGGCCAAAGGUUACUUUGUGGAACUACGACCAGCUGAAAACCCUGAAUGGGGCCGCUGUAAUACCAACCCCAUUGUUAUGACCUCCUUCACUAUUGUUGGACUAAAGUCAAUGGCAAUGUACUGGGUAAGAGUUAAGGCCACCAAUGAAGGGGGAGAUGGUGAGCCUCAGGACCUAGACAACUAUAUCAUUGCAAUGCCUCCUCCAGUCAGACCCCAAUUCACUGACAGGAAAAUGAAAAACUUCAUGGUUGUGAGGGCGGGAAACUCUGUUAGAAUCAACUUCAACUUCAAGGCUUCUCCAAUGCCAGUAAUUAAAUGGCUAAAGGAUGGCUUGCCUUUACCCAAAUAUGUAACAGUGAGCAACACAGACACAUCAUCACAGCUGAUGAUUCCCUCAUCAGAGCGCCAUGAUACUGGAAUAUACACAAUCAUUGUAAAGAACCUUGUUGGUCAGGAGACCUCUAGUGUUGAAAUAAGGGUCACAGAUGAUCCUAAACCUCCAGGCCCUGUGGAGCUUGAAGAAAAUGUGUCAGGAACAGUGACCGUUUCAUGGACUCCAUCUCCAGAUGAAAAGAAAGAUGACAGACUGCACUACGUGGUUACCAAGCACGAUUCUGUUAAACGUACAUGGCAUACUGUGGCUGACCAUCUCUUCAACAACAGGUUCACCGCUGUCAAUAUUAUGCCAGGAAGGCAGUACAAGUUCAGAAUCUAUGCAAAGAAUGACAUGGGCCUUUCUGCAGCAUCUCAGUCACCAAUCUGGGAAGUGAAACAGAAGAAAGAGAAAUUUUUGUUGAAACUUCCACCUUCCAAGAGCUGUAGCUUUGAGAUGCCUCCAUCAUUUUCUGUUCCUCUAAAGAUGCACCAAAGUCCUGAGAGCUAUGAGUGCCAAAUUAGUUGUGCUGUAACAGGCAAUCCCAGACCUUAUAUUACCUGGUACAAAAAUAACAUCAGCCUUAACACCAACACCAACUACUACAUCACCAACACCUGUGGUGUCUGCUCCAUGGUCAUACUCCAUGUAGGGCCCAAGGACAGUGGGGAUUACAUGGUUGUUGCAGAAAAUCCUUUGGGCAGAGUGGAGUGUUCAACAAAACUUGUUGUAAAAGAUUAGCAUACCGCAGAGGCCUUGAACUUCUAGAGAUUCCUGUUUCAUCAAAGUUAAUAAUGCCACAUUCAUUAGCUUGACAACUGGUUGUGAUCUGCAUGGGUUUUGCUAUAUUUGUCAGAAAAUAUAGCCUUGAUUUUAAAUAAAAUCUGAUAACCACAAAUAAAUUUAAUCAUUAAAAAAUGAAGACUAUGAAUAUUUGACAUUUAAUAUUGCCAACAUUAAAAUCAU